UUUUCCACCAAGCUACCCAAUUCCAGCUCAGGCAAGCUUUAGAAUUGCAUCAUUUCUAAAAAGCAGCUUGCUGUCUCUCCUGUCCCCCACAGAUCCAGCAAUAAGUACAAUAAGUAACCAUGAAUGAGGUGCUGGAGACCCUGAAGAAGAUCGAGGACAAGUACAAGCUGUUCCAGCAGCAGCAGUUCACCUUCAUCAAAGCCCUGGAGCGCACCCGGGAGGAAGCCCAUGACAUGAUCAGACCUGUGUCAUCCAUUAUCCAGGUGCAGUGCUACAAGGACCAUCACUGCUUCAACGCCACAGACAGGCGCAUCCUCAACAUGUUCGUGUCCCUGUGCAACGAGCUGCGCUGCCUGUGCCAGAAGAUGGAGACGGCUCACGCUGGGGACAGUGUCACCCACGGCCUUUUGGAGAAGUGCAAAUUGCUCCUGAACGACAGCAACGACCUCACUGCCCUUCGAGCCCCGUACCCCCACAGGGUUGUGAACUUCCUGAGCGUAGAGGAAUCAAAGCAUCGCUAUGGAGGGGUGGUGAGCUUGCUGCCCAUCGUUCUGGACACCAUGAAGGCCUGGGUCACACACUCCAAGAAGUACCUGAUCCCCAAUGAGAAACAGUGUGAGAGGUGCAAGUAUGAAGACCCACGUUUAGGAAAGAAAGCUCCCUGGGUCCCACCAGGGAACACCUCCUGUUAGAGGAUCAGAGCUCCUGCGUCGUCUCUGCUCAGCACCUUUUAGCACCUGGCUGAUCUAAUACAGUGCAAUCAACACCAGAGAACCGUCCUGAGCCCACUUUCUGCAGCCAGCCCAGCACACAAGCGUUCCCUCUCCCUUGCUGAUGUUUGCACUCUGCCCUCACAUCCCCACAGAAGCAGCUCCAGCUGCUCCCUGGGGCCAGCACUGCAGUGGGAGCAGGGAUCAGUCAAGACUCAUGAGGUUCUUAUCUCUCACACAUGAAUCUUGGACAAUCAUUUGAAACAGGAUUUUACAUUUUAUGAGCCUUCUUCCUGAGGAGCAUCCCCUCCUUGUCGCAGGUAUGGGGUGAAGAAGCUGCCUGCGUGAAGGAUGGGAUGCAAAGCAGCAAAGGCCUGGCAUUACAGAUUCAUACACGUCCCUGACAUUUAGACUUGUCUCUAAAGCUCCCUCAGCCCCACAGAAACAGUUUGGCUAGCGGGACCGCACACAGUCCCUGUUUACAGAACAAACUUCCCACC